GCGUGUCAUGACAAUCUGAGCGCAAAUCAUGGGUCGUUGAUCAGAGGUUUUAUCACCCAGAGUGGACGAGGACACAUUUUUGAGACAAUUGUAUGUUCAUCCACAUUAGGACAAACAUGGAUCAAAUAACAGAAAGAGUCAUUUUUGAUGAUCUGAAUUGGGAGGAUUAUCUAAAUAUGACAGAAGGACCAGAUGGAGUCGACCAGUACACCUGUGGCAACGAAAAUAACCCACUGCAUGUGUUUCAAUCUGUGUUCCUACCCCUUGUCUAUGCUGUGGUGUUUCUCCUGGGCAUAACUGGAAAUGGUCUCCUCUUGACAGUUCUGCUAAAACGCCGGAGAAACCUACGCAUCACAGAGAUCUAUCUGCUACAUCUGUCCCUGGCUGACCUGCUCCUCCUCUUCACGUUUCCAUUCGCAAUUACUCAAGGAGUGACCGGGUGGCUUUUUGGAACCUUUCUGUGCAAGCUAUUGGGCCUUAUUAAUCGCCUCAAUCUGGUGUGUGGGAGUUUGCUUCUGGCAUGCAUCGGCUUCGAUCGCUACCUCGCCAUUGUCCACGCCAUCCCCAGUCUCCAGGCCCGUCGGCCCAGGACCGUUCACCUCACCUGUGCGCUGCUCUGGCUCAUCUGCCUAUCCGUGACCAUUCCCAACGUGGUGUUCCUGUCCGUGAAGGGAGAGGAGGACAACCCCACCAGGCUCUCUUGUUCUUACAACAACCAUGGCAUACAUGCAAACAACUGGAUGCUGACCAGCCGCUUUGUCACGCACCUGCUGUGCUUCAUCCUGCCUCUGGUGGUCAUGGGGUACUGCUACACUUCUAUAGUCAUCACUCUUUGCCAAAGCCAGAGAAGUCUGGAGAAACAGGGAGCAAUUCGGUUGGCCCUACUGGUGACAUUGGUUUUCUGCCUGUGUUGGAUGCCGUAUAACAUCACCAUUUUCAUGGAUACCCUGGUGGUUUUGGGGGCUAUGCCUGAGCAGGACUGCCGUGGUCAAGCCUUACGGGAACGGGCGGUGAUAGUGACAGAGAGCAUUGGUUUUUUCCAUUGUUGUCUCAAUCCAGUCCUGUACGCCUUCGUUGGGGUCCGUUUCCGAAGAGACCUCCUGAAGUUGCUAGCAAAAACCAAGUGUCUGCGUGUAUGCCUGUCAGGUCUGCAAAGAAAAGGUCUUAACAGGAUGUCGGUCAUAGAGGCCGUUACUACCACAACAAGCAACCAAUACAUUUAAAAGCAGCUGAGUGUUUUUCUACUUAUUGUUUUUCAAGCAAGACACCCCAGGUGAAUGGGUCAAAAAAAAAAUAAAAAAAAAAGAUAUCACCAUACUUCCCCAGUUGAUUGAUUACAUGCAUAAUUGCAAACAUUUUUUGUAUUAUAUGUUUUCUGAAAUGUUAUGUUUAAAUAUGCAAACAAUGCAUUGUCUAAUUAAAUAUGCACUAUUUUGCAUACAUUUGUAGAACAAAAAUCUGAAUAUUGGAUAAAACCAGGUUGAAAAUUCUUGUUUCAUUAAUAUGUGUGUGUGUGUAUACAUAUAUAUAUAUAUAUAGAGAGAGAGAGAGAGUCAAAGGUUUUUACAAAGGGGAUUUUGGAUAUCUCUGUUUAUCACUGUCAACAGCCAAAACUAAAUAAAUUGUCCUAAAUAAACAUUUUAGGAAUAACAUGUUGUCUAAAAUCAGAAACAUUUUAUAUGAACAAACCCCUCUGUAAAAGUCUUAUAAGAAUAUAGAUAAGAACAAAACUGUAAAGUGUGGUGUAAGUGUUACUGACAUGGAGAUUACUUGUUCAAUGUAGGAGGAAAAACUCAUUUUGGGAAAACGGCCUUUGAAUAUAUAUGCUGUUAUUGAAAUCAACAGACGCAAGUAGAUAAAGUGCUCUAAAAGAUGCAGUUAAAAGUGUAUUUUGAAUGUUUUCCUU